AAGUUUACUUUGGGGCAGAGAUCUAAGCAUACAAGACGUAUUGGUGAAAUGUCUGCGUAAGCUAUUCCCAUUGAAGGUAAAGAGGAUUUCCAAAAAUGUCUGACAUUGUGAAACUGAUGUUCAUCGUUCUGGUCAUGUUAAACAGUGCAAGUACUGCGGGAAGUAGCUUGUGUGUGGAUGAGGUUUUUGACCUGAUAUUCAGAGACAAAUCCGCCACAGAUUACGUUGUAAGUGGCAAGGCGGUGCCAAGUCGGGCGGAGUGUUCUGUCCUGUGUCAUCAAGAGGAAGGGUGUGUGUCUAUGGCGUAUUCAGGUUCAGGAGAGUGUGUCCUCCACGGCCAGUUGCCACAGACUCUGACAGUGGUCAGUAACCAGGACACUGACAUCUACUACCGCCAAGGUGCGGUUCCCCAUUCAACAAAUUCAGCAUCAGCAUCAGCAACAACAUCACCGAUGAUUGUAACAACAACGGCACGACCAACGACACCUACUACAAAUGCAACGCCCUUGACAACGUUUGAAGAGCCUUCGCCCUCAUCGACCGUCAACGCUGCAACACCACUGACUGCACCUGUAGGCUCCACAACGACCCCCGCUGCAUCAACUAUGACAUCACCGAUGACAAUUGCAUCAACUGUGACGGUCACAACCACCCGGGCAACAUCCACGUCCACAAGUACAACGGCCACUACUACCACAACUACUCCAACAACAACAACUACAUCCACUAUCACGACUACACCAACAACGAUCACUUCGUUAACGACGACCACUACAACUACUGCUUCUACUACAACUACUACUGCUACUCCAUCUACAACUACAACAAUAUCUACUUCCACAACUACAUCCACUACCAGGACUACACCAACAACGAUCACUUGGUUAACGACUACUACUGCUUCUUCUUCUACUACUACUACUACUACUACUCCAUCUACAACUACAACAACUUCUACCACAACUACAUCCACUACCACGACUACGCCCACAACUUCGUUAACGACGACUACGGCGGCUACAUCACAACUGGUGGUACUGUGGGUGACAGCUGUGCUGGCAUAUUCGUCAGAAGAAAACACCGAGGGAAGCAACGCCGCUAGCCAAGUGAUUGGAGAGUCUGAUGUAUAUCCCGACCACGGCCACAACGUCAAGGCAUGGGGACAGUCCGAUAUAAACAACGAUCAUCAAUAUGUUGAGUUGAAGUACGCCAUGAAACUCUUCAUCUCGGAAGUGCACGUGUAUGAGACGCACCGCGCAGGCGCAACGUGGUUGGUGGAGAUCCUGACGCCUAGUGGGGAAUAUGUGACCAUGUAUCGGGCGAAAAGGUUAUAUCGUCUUUCUUCAAGUCGAAUCGUGGAACUCGUUUUGAUACACUUGACCAGCUUCACGUCUGACGUCAUCCGGGUAUGGGUGGAUCCUUCUUACGCGGGUGGAUCGGUAGAGAUAGACGCUGUCAAGCUUGUGGGGAUGACAGACCCCAAUCAGCAAUAGACAAUGUUUCCAAGGUAUCGACAAGACAAAUACACACUUCAAAAAUAGAAACCCACGGAAUUAAACUAUGUGUAUCGGUCCCAAAGGCGACAAAUGGUGCUGUGGUGGACGUUGAAGUGGCGUG